GGUUUCAAGAAGGCACUACUUAAUGUCAAUCAGGUAACGCUCGUUCUAUGUACAUAAUAAUAGAUAACCCGUCGAGCUGCCGCUUUUCCACUUCGUAAUAAUACCUAUCGUCCCUGGCUCCAGCGUUUUCUGUCCCCUACAGAGAUAACCAUAGUCAGAAGGUGUCAGCUUCGCGAUCAAAGAAAUACAAUAAUCAUAGCGAUGUUCAUCACAGUGGGUUGCAAUUCAUACGCAAGAGAACUCCCAAAGGAUAAUUGAGGUGUGACCCUCACCCUUAGACAGGUGACGUCCACCAUGGAGAUAAAAAGGUAUUCAGAUAUCUCGAUCAGAAUAUCGGCCUACCUUCUGAAGUUCAUCGGCAUGUGGACGGCAGGCAAAGACGGCGAAAUACGCCGAAGGAAGCUCGCCAUAAACAUUACGUCCUCGAUAAUGAUCUACGACAUCGGCGUCGUGAUCAGAGACAUGUAUUUUUGUUGGGGUGAUUUCAACGCUUUCGUUUAUGCUAUCUGCAACGGUCUCAUGGUGGGGAUGGCGUUGUUGAAAUAUUUCGCCAUUGUUUUCAAGAAAUUGGAGUUCCUCGAGUUGAUCACGUUCAUGAAGGAGCGUUUCUGGAGCACUGAGUACGAUUAUCACGAGGCGGACAUCUUGGCCAAUGUCAGAAAUACUUGUGUUUUCUUCAUCACCUUCGUUACUUUCAGCGGUCACGGCGCCGGUGUGGGCUAUUUCGUAGCAGCCCUCAUGAAUAAUGCCGGAAAAAAUGAAUCCGAAAGAAUACUACCAUUCAACAUGUGGGUCGACACCUUAUCGAUGUCUCCUUAUUAUGAAAUUAUGUAUUUCGUAGAGAUAGUAGCCGUGUAUCCCGUGAGCCUGUCUUUCUUUUGUUUCGACAACAUCUUCUGUAUCAUGUGCUUGCACCUCACCGGGCAGUUUCGUAUACUCCAAUACAGGUUAACGAGAUUAUGCCAAACAACGAAGGAUCAGAACGGGAAUACGGAUCUAACAAGUUACAUAAAUAAUUCUUACGAAAAAGUGCAGAGCUGCGUUCGCCAACAUCAGGCGCUCAUCGAUUACUUCGAGAGGGUUCAGUACGUGUUCGCGUUCAACAACCUCGUGCAAGUAUUGGUCUUCAGCGUGCUGAUAUGCCUCUUCGGGUAUCAAAUAGCCUUGGCUCGCAUACCCAUGGCGGCACGAUGCAUCUUCUUGUUCCUCAUAUCCGGCAGCAUGUUCCUGCUGCUUAUGUUCACCUAUAGCUGCGAUGGCGUGAUAGAAGAAAGCAACAACGUUGGCAUAGGCGCCUACUCAGCGCCGUGGACCAUUAUGCCCAUGUGCAAAACUGGGAAAAUGCUGCGAAAGGAUCUGCUGAUGGUCGUUACGCGAUCCAAGAAAGUCUGUUGUCUAACAGCGUAUGGAUUUUUCCCGAUAUCGCUGGAAACUUACUCCAAGAUAAUCAGUACAUCCGUGUCGUAUUUCACGAUAUUAAGACAGCGGUCAGAGGAACUAUUUCCGACGUGCGUUCGAUAUCUGAUCAGAACGAUAAGUUUGGAGAAAUUCGAAAUGAUUUUUGGCCACAGCGACGACAUUUCCAUAGCCAUGACAUCGCACUUUAUGAAGUUCUCUGGCUUCUGGAUGGCCACUAAUUACGUCGAACAAAAAUGCAGAAAUAUUGCCUUGGUUUACACCAUCGUUGGGAUGUUACUUCUUGGUUCAGUUCAAGUGGUAGAGUUGUAUUAUUCCAGGGGAGAUUUCGGCACCUGUCUCUACAUCUUGUGCAACGUCCUGAGUUUGUGCAUGUCUUUAUUCAAGAUAUUAAUCCUGCUUGAACAUAAAAAGGAUUUCUUUCAAUUAAUUCUGUACUUGCAACAGAAAUUUUUGCACGGGAUUUACGACGACCACGAGAAGAAGAUCGUGGGCGCGUGCAAACGCGUCUGCGCGUUCUUCAUUUGCCUCUUCACUUGCUGUGCGCAUGCUACGAUAUUUAGCUACGUUGUAGGUCCCAUCGUGGUUAACAUUGGUAGAAACGAAACGGACCGAGUACUUCCAUUCAAGAUGAGGAUUAGCCUAAUAUCCCUCACGCCAUACUUCGAGAUAAUGUUCGUGCUGCAGGCAUUGUUCUUGUAUCAAGUCGGCGUGUGCUACUUUUGCUUCGACAAUCUUCUGUGCAUCAUAAAUCUGCACGUGUCUAGCCAAUUUCGUAUACUACAGUACAGGAUGGAAAAUAUGCAUGUCGUGGACAAGGAAAAAGAUAGCGAAAGUUUGAUAACGUGUAAAUCACAUUCUACGGAUAAAUGUUACUCGAUAUUUAAGACCUGCAUUCAACAGCAUCAGGCGUUAAUUACAUAUUGUAGCAAGCUUGAGAAAGUAUUCAGUUCUUUCUCGUUUGGGCAGGUGCUGGUUUUCAGUGUGUUGAUCUGCCUUGGAGGAUAUCAAGUACUCAUGUCAAAUGCACCGUUCACAACACGGGUGAUUUUCAUAUUUCACAUAAUGGGCUGCACAGCACAACUGUUCAUGUUUACGUACAGUUGCGACUGUCUGAUCCAAGACAGUACCAACAUUGCUACCGCGAUGUACGCAGCUCCCUGGUCGCGUCUGCCUAUGGACAAGGAUGGAAGAACCCUGCGAAAAGACUUGAUAUUUGUAAUUUUGAGGUCUAGAGUACCUUGCUGCCUGACGGCCAAUAAAUUCUUCCCCAUAUCUCUGGAAACGUACACUCGGAUAAUGAGUACCGCAAUGUCAUACUUCACGCUAUUGAAAGGGCGAACCGUGGAUACGACGUGAAUUUCUUCCAAACGUGUUACGGAAAGCAUACACCGAUGCCUUGUUUUCUGGAUAAAAUAGUAUCAAUUACUUGUACCUGUUACAUGAAUAAAAUAAUAC